UCUCACCACCAUUGUAAAAAAAGCCGCGUCAAGAGUGGAAGAAAAUAGAUUUUAUAACAAAAUUUCGGACAAAUAGCUUUAUUUUAUUGCAACUAUAGUAAGAAAAUAUCAAAUAAACUACAUAAAACUAAGUAAAAUGGCGCAACCUACCAAAGUAUUUGUUGGUAGUUUACCAUCGGGUACAAAACCAGAAGAACUACGUCGUUUAUUUGAGAAUUAUGGCAUUGUAGUGGAAUGUGAUGUGAUGAAUCGCUGUGGAUUCGUGCAUAUGAAAAAUGCCGCAAUGGCGGAUAGUGCCAUUGUCGCUUUAAAUGCCAGCGAGUUUAAGGGCCAAAAUAUAGUAGUCGAACAUGGAAGAGCUAAGGAAAGAAACCAAGGAGGUGGUGGUGCCGGCGGUGUUGGUGGACGAGGAGGUAACCAAGGUGGUGCAGGAGGUCCCCGCGGUGGUAGAGGUGGUGGUGGUGGACGAGGAGGCAUGUUGGUUGGCUUCCCUGGCAAGCAAAAUAAUUUCAAUCAAGCGGCCACAUUGCAAUUGGCUGGUGUCAUUAUGGAACUACUAGGUGAUCAACAAAACCAACUCGAUGAUAUUUCAGGUGGUAACAAUAAUAAUAUGCGUGGAGGUGGUGGUGAACAAGGCUUUCGAAGAGGUGGUGGUGGAGGAGGCCACCAAGGUGGUGGCGGCCGUGGUGGUAACUUCCAGGGUGGCAAUCGUGGAGGAAAUCAAAAUAUGAAUGGUGGUGGACCAAUGCGUAAUCAAGGCUUUAAAGGCGACAGGCCCGCGCCUUACUCGCAUGGCAUGAAUAUGGGCGGCCCUUCUAAUAAUCAACAUGGCGGCAAUCAAGGUGGAAAUCAAGGCGGCGGCCGAUUUAACAAUCAAUCAAAUAGAGGUGGUGGUGGUGCUGGCGGUCCAGCCGGUAACUUUAAUAAUCCUCGUGGCGGUAAUUUUGCACCAAAACCUAAUGCAAACAAUUAUGGUGGCGGCAAUAACUCCUGGAAUAAUGAUCAACGUGGAGGUAUGCCCCAACAAGGUGGUCGCGACUUUGCCGAAGACAACUUCUCAGGUGGAUUUAGUGGCAAUAUGGGCAAUUCCGGUGGUGGCAAUUUUGGUGGACAACAAGACAGACGUGGUUUUGCUUUGCCCUCAAAUCAAUUCCAGCAAUUUGGUGGUAAUGGCGGUGGUGGUGGCAGCGGCAAUCAAUUCGGAGGCUAUGGCGGCAAUGAUGACGGUGCCUCGUUUAGCGAUGAUGCAAUUUUCCAGAGACGCAACAAUAAUCCAUCAAAUGGUCCCAUAGUCAUUGAUUUCAGAAGUAGAGAACAAGGAGGACAAGGUGGACAAGGUAGCGGAGGAAAUUUCAACCGUGGCGGUAAUCAGGGUGGCCGCGGAGGUGGUGUUGGGGGUCAAGGUGGUUUCCAAAACAAACGUGGUGGUGGUGGUGGUCAGGGGGGCUUCCAACAAGGAGGCGGCUUUAAACGCGGUGGUCCCGGUGGUAAUAACAUGAACUCUGGCGACAGUUAUCAACAAAACUUUCCUCCUCUAGGAGGCGGUGGUGGCCAAGGCGGUGGUGGCCAAGGCGGUUUUGGCAAUAACCGCAAUCAAGGCGGUCAAGGUGGUCAAGGCGGUCGUGGUGGAGGUGGUGGCGGUAUGAACCGCAAUGCGCCACGUCAAAAUAUGCCAAAUCGUCGCUAUUAGAAAGCAAAAAACGUAAAACAGAUUACUAAAGCAAAAUUUAGUUUAAACGGAUUAAAAAAUAAAUAAAAAAAAAUAUAAAAAUGAAAUGAAAACUAUCAUCAAAUAGUAUUCUUAAGUGUAGACAUUUACUACUAAAAAUAAACUACUUAAACGUUUUUAAGUUUACGUUGCGUAACGUAAGUUAGAACUCAAAGCACUGAGUUCUUAUGCGUCGUAACUAGCAACUUACGUUAUUACACAUAUAAUUAAGUUUUAUAAUUGCAUACAAAUUCAUUGAUUAGACAAGCAACUGUUUAAUUUUUACAGAUUAUAUCAACAAAACCAAUUUAAUUAAAUUAACAAUGCGUUUUAGUUAUUAAACACCGUAAUUGUAAACAAAGUAUAAACAAAUAUCAACUAAAUUAAACUUUAUACUCAUAAUUUCCAUAAAACAUAAAAGUAAUUAUAAAAAGCAAAAACAAACCAAUGCGUUUUUUAAGAAUCCCCAUUUAACAAAAAUAUACAUUAAACAAAAAAACAUAAAAAAUACCUUACAAAA